UUGUAUUCGCCGGAGUGAUGGAUACGACGACGGAGGACCAAACCGCCACUUCCGUGACGACGAAGACGACGAUAGAUGAGAGUUACGAAUUCACGGCGCCUCAAUGGUACGAUUUCUUAAACGAAGAGACGAAGCGAGACAAACAACAAUCAGAGCUCUGGUUCGAUUCAGCGAAAUGUUAUGCUCAUUCACCUUCGAUUCCCAGAAUCAAAGCGAGGAGAUCAUUUAAGGUUGAGAGCAUGUGCAACUUCAGUGAAGAAGAAGACAAACACUUGAAAGCUAAAGAAUCAUCUGAACCACAACCUGGAGAUACUUUCUCAAACCUGACAAACAAGGAAGAAGACUGCACAUCUAAAGCAUCAAAUAAGAAUUACGACAAGAAGCAGAACACCACAGAGAUUCAAGAACACGACAGUUUCCUCGACGAAGACGAUGUUAAUGAGGAGACAGAUAACAAAGAGAACAUUCCUCCAUCACAGACUCAAGUUUACACUCCCAAACCUCUAAUGAGUAACACUAAGAAGCAUCAAACUGCUACAAAGAAUCGGUCUGUGCUGAUGCCGAUAAAUCAGUCACAGUCGUCACAAGCCAGAGGCACCAAUCAUAAAAUCAUGAAAAGGGAAACGAAAAACAUAGCUGGAACUUCUAAUUUGGUUCAGGAAAACCAAGCCAUCAAAAGGCAAAAGCUUGAUGAAGGUAAAUCUAGACAGAUGUUCAAUCCAAAACCGACAACUUUGCCUCACAAGACAAAACAAGGUCUUGUUAACACGAGCUUCAGCUUAUGCCCUUCAGUCACUAAGAAAACCCGGACAGAGAACAGAAAGGUUUACGUCCGGGAGCAAGUUACUCCAUUUGUUUCAACUGCUGAAUUGAUGAAGAAAUUCCAGACAAGCACAAGGGACUUGUCACUGCCUCAUGCUAGCACUUGUCUAGCACAGAACCAAUCUAGGCCGACGACACUGACAAGGCCGAAGGAACCAGAAUUUGUGACAUCUCAGCGAAUUCGUCCCAUGAGACUUAAAAGCACUUCAGAGCGGGAGGAAGAGAUGUUGGCAAAGAUGCCUAAGUUUAAAGCACGACCUUUGAAUAAAAAGAUUUUAGCAGCUCCAGGUUUGGCUGCACCACAAAGAAGUACACCACAUCCUCCAGAAUUUCGGGAGUUCCAUCUAGAAACAAUGGCACGAGCUAGCCAGCAUGCAGAGACAUAUUCAGUAGUCUCGAUGGACAUGUCUAAGAAAAAUGAUUGGACGCCUCAUCUCACCGAACCAAAGAGCCCUUUGCUUCAAACAAUGCUGAGAGCUCGUCCAAUUACAGCAAAAACUUCUGCUGAAAUCGAGCAAGAGGAACUCGAGAAAGUGCCAAAAUUCAAGGCAAGACCCUUGAACAAAAAGAUUUUUGAAAGUAAAGGAGAGAUGGGAAUAUUUUGCAGCACAAAGAAACAUAAAACCUUGAACAAAAAGAUUUUUGAAAGUAAAGGAGAGAUGGGAAUAUUUUGCAGCACAAAGAAACAUAAAACCUUACCUCAAGAGUUCCACUUCGUGACAGAUGAGAGGAUAUCACGGCCUAAUUCUGUUAUCGACAUGUUCGACAAGCUCUCUUUGAACUCUGAACCUUGCCGUGAAAAGCCUCUACAAAGGAACACUACACCAAACCCUUUCCUUCUUAGGACAGAAGAAAGAGGUGCUGAAAAACAGAAGAAGUUUGUGAGAGACGUCAUGCAUAGUCAAAUAGAGGCUGAAAAGAUCAGAACUCCCAAAGCAACCCCAUAUCCCUACACAACCGACUAUCCCGUGUUCCCACCAAAACCAGAGCCUAAGCAAUGCACAAAACCAGAACCGUUCCAUUUAGAGAGUCUAGCUAGGCACGAAGAAGAAAUGCGGAAAGAAAUGGAAGAGAGGAUGAGAAUGGAAAGAGAAGAAGCUCAAAGAAGAAUCUUCAGAGCACAGCCAGUGAUUAUAGAAGAUCCAAUUCCUGUUCCGGAGAAAGUACGAAAGCCUCUCACAGAAAUUCAAGAGUUUAACCUCCAUGUGGACCAUCGAGCUGUCGAAAGAGCAGACUUUGACCAUAAAAUUAAAGAGAAGGAGAUGAUGUACAAGAGAUACCGCGAGGAGACUGAAGCCGCAAAAAUGGUAGAGGAAGAGAGAGCUUUAAAACAACUGAGAAGGACAAUGGUUCCUCACGCACGACCAGUGCCAAACUUCAACAACCCAUUUUUACCUCAGAAGUCGAAUAAGGAGACGACAAAACCAAAGUCACCGAAGCUUAGAGUGAUCAGAAGAAUCGAGAGGAGAACGAUGAUGGCUUCUUCUUCUACUCACAUGAGAUAGCUUAUAAAAAGUAAAAAAGAUUAAGCAGCAACAGAAAUUACUGUUCAAGAACGCUUGAACCUUCCUCCUUUG